UUUACCCCCUUAACUUUCUUCUCCGAUGGAAGUUGAAGCUGCCUGGUUCUUCACUUUUACAAUCAUAAUCUCUCUUUUUUAUCUAUUGUUUCGUUUACUAAUCAAGCCAAAGCUAUGGUGCAACUGUGAGAUUUGCAGUGCUUAUCUGACUUCGAGUUGGUCAAAACAAUUCCACAAUCUUUGCGAUUGGUACACUCACCUGCUGAACAACUCGCCUUCAAAAACCAUCCAUAUCCAUGUUCUCAGCAACACAAUCACAGCAAACCCAGAAAACGUUGAAUACAUGCUCAAAACAAACUUCCAUAAUUUCCCAAAAGGGGAACCUUUCUCCAUGAUCUUGGGCGACUUCCUUGGUCGUGGGAUAUUCAACGUAGACGGUGAACCCUGGAGGUUUCAGAAGAACAUGGCGACACUAGAGCUCGGGAAACCCUCAAUAAGGUGUUAUGCUUUUGAUAUCAUCAACAUUGAGAUCAAAACCAGGCUUAUCCCAUUAUUAUCAUCAUUUCCAGAAAAGCAAGUACUGGAUUUACAAGAGGUAUUUAGAAGGGUUUCGUUUGAUAUCAUUUGCUGGUUCUCUUUCGGGAUCGAUCCUACAUGCCUCGAGCUUUCCCUACCCAUGUCGAAAUUCUCCAUGGCUUUUGAUUUAGCCUCCAAAUUGUCUGCGGAGAGAGCGAUGAAUGUUUCACCACUUGUAUGGAAGAUGAAACGGGCGUUGAAUUUAGGCAGUGAGAAGGAACUAAAAAGGGCCAUCGAGAUUAUCGAUCUUUUAGCCGAAGAGGUGAUAAGGCAAAGGCGAAAAGUGGGGUUUUCAACCAGUGAUGAUCUUCUCUCCCGUUUCAUGUCCAACAUAAACGAUGAAACUUACUUGAGAGAUAUUAUUAUAAGCUUUUUAUUGGCCGGUCGUGACACUAUAGCGUCGGGUUUAACAAGCUUGUUUUGGCUGCUCGCGAACCACCCGAACGUAGUGUUGGCCGUUAAACGAGAGGCGGAUCGAGUUAUAGGUGAAAACAAAGACCUAACAAGCUACGAACAAAUCAAAGAGCUUCACUAUUUGCAAGCAACAGUGUAUGAAAGUAUGAGACUUUACCCUCCAAUUCAAUUCGAUUCCAAGUUUUGUCGAAACGACGAUAGAUUACCUGAUGGGUCUUUGUUGAAGAGAGGAACUAGGGUUACUUAUCAUCCUUACGCUAUGGGUCGGAUGGAAGAGAUAUGGGGUUCGGAUUGCUUGGAAUUCAAGCCGGAAAGAUGGUUGAAACACGACGGCUUUUUCUUUCCCGAAAGCCCUUUUAAGUAUCCAGUUUUCCAAGGCGGAUUCAGGGUUUGUUUGGGAAAAGAGAUGGCGCUUUUGGAGCUGAAAAUGGUGGCGCUUUCACUCAUCCGACGGUUUCAAAUUGAAUUAGUGACAACACCCCAUCGGCAACCGCAAUUCUCCCCAGGGCUCACCGCUACUUUUAACGGUGGACUCCCGGUUCUGGUAUGGCAACUCAAUCAUAAAAUCUCUUGUCAAUAAAAUCAAAUAGUAAUAAUAUUUGCAAAAAUUUUAGGGUAAAAUACACAAAUUGUCCCCCAAC